UCAUAAUUAGUCUUUGUUUAUUAUUUUACACCACCUACUUUCUCUCUUUUUCCACAUUAAAGAUAUGGCGCCUUAUUUGGCUUACAACGUCAAGUCAAUGCACUGUGGAACCAACUUUAUGUGCCAUUAUUUUCUUCUUAUCUUUGAUUAUCCGCAAUCCAUCCACCGUUGUUUCUUUGUUACCAAAUUCUUCUUCAGUUUCCAAUUAUUGUUGCUUUGCUGAUCACGAAAUUUUAGGAGAGAGUGGAAAUGGCGGACGCAUUUGUUUCGGCUUUUGUGAAUACCAUUUUGGACAAAUUGACCUCCUUGUCCCUGGAGCAGAUCGGCCUUGCGGGCAGCCUCAAAACAGAGCUUGACUGUCUGGAGAGCACUCUAUCUACAAUCCAAGCCGUGCUCCUUGAUGCCGAGAAGAAGCAGUGGAAGAGUGAAGCUAUCAAGAACUGGCUUGGAAAGCUCAAACAAGCAGCUUAUCAUCUGGAAGAUGUGCUCGAUGACUUCAAAGAAGAAGCUCGGAACCGUAGCCUGUGUAAGGAUGCAAGAAGCAAGGUAUCCACCUUCUUUUCUCCUCGGAACCCACUUGUGUUUCGGUUACAAAUGGCACGUAAAUUUAAGAAUGCUAGAGAGAAAUUAAAUGCCAUUGCUGAGGAGAAAAGCAAGUUCCACUUGAGAGAGGGUGUAGGAGAAGCUGAGAUCGAGCAGAAUGAAGACAGUCAAACCAGCUCCCUUGUGGACGAGUCUGAAAUACUAGGCAGAGCAGAUGAGAAGGAAGAGAUAGUUAGCAUGUUACUUAGCAAUGCGAGUCACCAUGAUGAUCUCUCUGUGUAUGCAAUAUGCGGCAUGGGAGGUCUUGGAAAGACCACACUUGCUCAAUUGGCUUACAAUGAUGAAAAUGUUGCAAAAGCCUUUGAUAUGAGAGCUUGGGUGUGUGUAUCCGAUGAUUUUGAUAUAAAACGGUUGACUAAAACUAUUGUGGAAUCCAUUGAAGGGAAGUUAUGCGAUAUCCAAGAGUUAGAUCCCCUGCAACGGCACUUAGGAGAAAAGCUUGUUGGGAAACGAUUUUUGCUUGUAUUGGAUGAUGUGUGGAAUGAAUACCGUGACAAGUGGGUUAGGCUGAAGCAAGCGCUACGGAGUGGACGAAGAGGAAGUACAAUCAUUGUCACAACUCGACUUGAGAAAGUGGCUCUUAUGAUGGCUACAGAUCCUUUCCAACGCCUGGGAUGUUUGUCAGAUGAUGAUUCUUGGUCCUUGUUCAAGCAAAGAGCUUUUGUAAUGGGAAUGAAUGAGGGUAAUGUCAACCUGGAAAUGAUUGGGAGGCAGAUUGUGCAGAGAUGCGGAGGGGUACCUUUGGCAAUUACGGCCAUAGGAAGCAUACUACGUUCCAAAAGUCGAGAAAGUGAAUGGUUACGUGUCAAAGAUAGCGAGAUAUGGGGUUUGGAAGAUGAGGGAAAAAGAAUCUUGGCUGUGUUGAGGUUGAGUUAUGAGCAUCUUCCACCAUAUAUGAAACAAUGCUUUUCAUUUUGCUCAAUAUUUCCUAAAGAUUCUGUCAUGGAAAAGGACGAGCUGAUAGGACUAUGGAUGGCAAAUGGAUUUAUUCCUCGGACAGUUGGAUUUGCAUGAUAUGGGUUGUGAAAUAUUCUCUGAAUUGACUCGAAGGUCCUUUUUCCAAGAAAUCAAAGAGGAUGUUGAUGGAACUGUUACAUGUAAAAUGCAUGAUUUAAUCCAUGACGUUGCAACAUCAAUUAUGGGUCAUGAAUGCUACGCAAUUGAGCUUAAUGAGAGGUCGAAAAUACCAAAAACUGCUCGUCACUUGUUUGUUCAUAAAAUAAGUUCGUCAACAAACUUUAUGGACUUAUCCAAAUUGUAACCAUUGCGUUCUUUAAUCGUUGGCCGCCGGUUCGACUUUAUUGAUAACCUCUCUAAUCCUUCCCAUUUCUUCAGUAAACAAAAGCAUCUGAAGGUGUUGGAUUUUGGUUAUGGUUUUAGCAGUAUUGCAUUUGGAAGUUUGAAACAGCUAAGGUAUUUACGCCUUCAUGAUGAUACUAUGAAAACUCUACCUGAAGCAACAAGCUCCCUUCAUAACUUGCAGACACUAAAUCUCCAACGGUGUUAUCGUCUUGAAAUGUUACCAAAAGGUAUGAAGCACUUGAAAAACCUUAGGUACUUGGACCUCGGAAAGUAUACUUCACUGGCAUCUAUGCCUGUUGGAUUGGGACAACUGUCGUGCUUGCGUAAGCUCAGCAUGUUUGUUGUGGGAAAGGACAUUGGUUGUGGAGCCAUUGAUGAGUUGAAAGAGUUGGCCCUGGAGGGGGAAUUGAGCAUCAGAGGACUUCACAACGUAAAGAGUUCAACAGAUGCUAAAAAUGCCAAUUUGAUAAAGAAGCAAAAUUUGAGAUCAUUAAGCUUAUCUUGGCGAGUAAAUAAUAGGGAAAGAUCUCAAGGUGGAAAUGAUGAAGAGAUUCUUGAUGUUCUUCAACCUCAUCCAAGCUUGAAGAAGUUAAGCCUAGAUGCUUACCAAGGUGAUAGGUUUCCAUAUUGGAUGAUGGAUCUGCUUCUACCAAACCUUGUUGAAAUCUCACUUGAAGAUUGUGAACUAUGCGAUCAACUUCCACCUCUAGGGAAAUUGCGCUUCCUUAAGGUCCUUACUAUCAACGGAAUGGGUGCUCUGAAGUAUAUUGACAGCAACUUCUAUGGAGAUAUGGAAAGUUCUUUUCCAUCACUCAAGGUUCUCGAAAUAGGUAUGGCACCAUGUUUGGAGGAAUGGAUAACCCUGAAUGGUAGAGAACAGUUUCCUCUCUUAAGUUCGUUAACUAUCAAAUAUUGUCCCAAGUUGGUUAAGAUGCCAAUGCUUCAAUGUCUUGAAAACCUAGAAAUUGGAAGCAUUAAUGUUACUUUACUCAAAUCUUUGAUCAUGAAUGCCACUAUUCUUACAUCUC